AUGUCUGAUACUGUCAGUAGAACAAACAGUUCCUCUCAUCCAGGUGAUCCAGCUCAAUCGCUUCAUGGGGAUAAAUUACAACCGGUGGUUGGUUCAGAAAGUAUUGCUGGCUAUUUCGAGCGCAGUAUCGAUUUUUUAAAUACAAUGCUGAGAAAAGAUAAGUCAAGUUGCAUGAUAACAUAUACACCUACAAUUUAUAUUUACACUCGAUAUUUGCUGAAAAUCAGUGCUACACGCAAAGAACUCGAUAGCAGUGAUUCAAAAGUAUCUUUCUGUUCGCUGGUUGUAAUGGAAAAGGAUGCGGAUGACAAGAGCUGGAAGCUUGGAAAACCUAUCAAGAUGAUGAAUUCCUUAAGCCAAUCAACCAAAAUAGAUUACCAGUUUUUACUCAACAAACGUGGCUGGCAAUCUUUGUCAAGCAACUGCGGUCACAAAUAUUUUUCCCUAUACAUAUGUAAUCCUGUAAUAUAUGAAAUUGAAGUUUCUGAAAUACACUGA